CAAAAUUGUUACACAUUUACCAUGAAACAUCAAUAAUUAGAAUGAGAGUCGGAUCCUCAGAAGGAAAAAAGGAAUAUUAAGGAUGAAGUUACAUGAAUUGAUUGUUGAGGCGACUGCAAACCAUAAAUUUUCGUUACAUGAAAUGUGGCAACACUUGACAUUGACAAGUGCAUGUUUGAAUUCUUAAUUUGUUUUUCGGAUCGACUAUCGUUCCAAUUUUUGAUUUGUUGUUUGUGAUAUGUUGAAAACGAUUAUUAUUUUUCCGUAUCAAAUAAUAUCUUCAUUCGGCGUCGUGCUCUAAAAAUAAAUACUGGACUCUUAUAUUUCAACGUAAAAUUUUCGUAUCGCCAAAUCGAGAUGGCCACACUCGAAGACAAAAUCCUCGGCGAAAAGCUGCACAACUAUUGCAGUAGCAGCGAGGAAAGUGGCGGUGAAAAUUCAGACUGCGAAGGUGAAGGCGCCAAGCAACCCGAGGCUGCGGAACCCUCGUCGUUGAACAAAUGGGAAGGCACGUCUACAAACACGGGCCCCAAAGGCGUGAUUAGGGAUUUCAAAGACUACAAACAGCUCGAAAGCGAGAAGCGCCGUAACGAAGAACGGCAAAUGAUCGAGUUGGCCAAGAAAUUCACGAUGACAGUCAAGUCGACUUUGGAAGAAGAAAGAGAAAAGGCGGCGUUGGAAGAUCCAGAAUUGGCGGAGUUGUUGAAGGAUGAUUUUUUGCUGCAGUAUCAGAAGAAAAGGAUGCAGGAGAUGCUGGAGCAGACGAAUCAUAAUAUCAAAUUUGGUAGCUUGUUAACCCUAACAACGGGCCAGGAAUUCCUCGACGCGAUCGACAAAGAACACAAGUCAGUCACAGUGAUAAUACACAUCUACGACGACAAUCUCGAGGCAUGUCGGGCGUUGAACGCGUCUCUUCAAGAACUUUGCAGAAUAUACGAAAACGUCAAAUUCUGCAGGAUGCCCAGCAAUUGCGCGGGAGUUAGCAGGGAGUUCAAACGAGAAGGCUUACCGGCGUUGCUCGUCUACAAAGACGGAAACUUGGUAGGGAACUUUGUCAGGUUGACUGACGACUUGGGGAAUGAUUUCUCUGUAGAGGAGGUCAAGAUAUAUUUGGUUGAACAUGGGUCGUUGGAGGAUAAAAGUUUAACACCAGCGUUGAUAAAGAAUGCCAGCGAGUCUAGUGAUUCUGAUUAGAGUAUUUCGAUUUGGAAUUAUGUGGCCAAAGAUUUGUCUGGAUCGUACUUGGAGAUGAAAUUCGAGUCAGAUUUUUUUUGGUGUAAAAGAAACGACUAUUUCUUUGUCGCAAGCUUCAUCAUCAUUUUGAAAUGUGAAAAAGUCUUAAAUGCAAUGCAGAAAUGUGUAGAAUGUUCAUUCUCUAUAACAUAAAGAGCCACUAAAAAGAGAAUCCAUAUAAAAACAGGCGCUAUACAAUAUUGCCAAAUACUGACUAUAUAUACAGUAUUGAGUCAGCUAUCUCCAAUAUUUACAAUAAUUGUUACUAUACAAAUUUAAUGCGAUAUUAAGUCAAUUCCAAAAUCUGAUAUGAAAUACAAGAGCUAGGCAUAUUUAUAUAUAUUUGAUUAAAAAAAGAUUGAUGCUUCAUCUGCUCUUUCUCCUUGUAACUUGUCCACGAAAAGUGAUAUACCGGGUGUGAAAGACUAUGGAAUAUCUCUGUUUUUUCACAGAAAUAUUUUUGUUGAAGUUUAAGGUCAAGUUUUACUCACAUUGAACAAGGAGUUGGAUUUGACCUUCACACUCACAUUUCGUAUUAUUUCAAGGUCAACUUACGUGCUAUCAAGACCUUGAAGAUGAGGCUCAAUGUCAAAUCCAAGGUCAAUAAUGGAAACUUUGUUAAAAGUUACUUUGGGUUUGACCUUGACUUUUUCAUAUUAUUCUACUUUUAGAAAUUGCCGCUAGCCUCACACAUUUGAGCUUUAUAGGUGACCUUGACCUUUAAUUUUGAUACACAUUUGGACAUUGGAAUUUUUCUUUAUUUUGAUCGAUGUCAAAUAAGAUUUCCGUUUAAAACACAAACUGCCUUUGAAAUAACCUUGAAGACGAUGCUUAAAGUCAAUUCCAAGGUCACAAUUUGAUUAACCUUGAGAAUCUCCUUCCAAGUAAAUUCAAGGCUAACUUGUACGUUCUAAUACGUUGUCAUGUACUAUUAUGACCUUGAACUUGUUAGGCUUAAGGUCAAAUCCAAGAUCAAUAAUGGAAACCUUGUUAAAAGUUCCUUGAGGUUUGUCCUUGAUUUUUUUUAUGAUUUGUCGCUAGCCUCACAUAUUUGACCUUGAUCUUAAAUUUUGAUGCAUAUUUCGAUGACCGAUGCCAAAAAGGAUUUCCGUUUGAGACAAACUGGCCUUGAAAUAUCCUUCAAGACGAUGCUCAAAGUCAAAUCCAAGGUCAAAUUAACAAUUUAACCUUGAACCUCUACUUCUAAGUAAAUUCAAGGCCAACCUUUACGUUCUAAUACGUUGUCAUGUACUAUUAUGACCUUGAACUUGAGGCUCAAGGUCAAUACUGGAACCUUGAAGAGGAUGGUCAGGGUCACACAUUCAUAUGGGGACGUACAGUUUUCCGUUAUCGCGAAUACCGGUAUCAAAAAUAGGCUAUCCAUUCAAAACACAAAGAUUUUCCUUGAAGAUGAUGCUCAAGGUCAAAUCCUAGGUCAUCGUUGAAUUCCUUAUUUGAGCGUAUCUAAAACCUGAUGACUGUUUCUCCGCAGUAUUCCUCAUGCUUCCCAUUAGCACCUUCUUAGACGGGUGUAUGUGUAAGUCUAUCCAUUUAUGAUUUUUGACUAUUUAAUGUUGCUAGUCCCAGGAGAUUAACAGACUGCCAACAUUUGUACCCAUCUUAAACCACAUCUCAUCUUGAAAAUGCUAAUCAGUAUUCAAUCUAGUUUUAUGCAAUAAAAAUGUUUGAGUAUUUAUGUAAAAUAAGCUUUAUUUACAUUUUGUUAUCAAGUAUACAAUGUAUAUAAUGUGUCAAAAUUUGAAUUAGUUUUGCUACUAUCACUUAUACAUAGAGCAAUAUGAAAAGUGAUACUGGUUCAAAUAUACCAACAUAUUUUAUAUUAUGUUGUUUUUUUUUAUCAAAUGCACUUAUAGCAUAACACAAUCCAUAUGAUUUAUUUAAAACAUGUUACAUGGGGUGUCCCAUAGAUAAAUUGACAACUGUGACUAAAUGAUACAAAACAGAAGUUUUUGACCAAAAUAAUGAUAACAAGUAUAACAAACUAGGAGUACAUAUAUUUGGAAUCAGGAAAAAGCUGUUCUCAUUUUCACUAAACAUAUAACCUUUCUGAAACAUUUCAUGUCAAUGGUUAUAUAAAAAGUUAGAGAGGGGAGUUUAAAUCAUUGUGGGAUACCCUGUACAAACUUCAUAAAAGUAGGAGAGGAAAAAAUAUGUUAACUACCUAUACAGUGAUUAUUAUCUUUUAUGUGGUUACCCAGAUAAUAAUCUUCCAAUAUCAUAGUGAAUAUAUGUUCUUUUCAACGAGUGUCCUUUACGUUCCUACAUCUAAUGAGACAAUAGUUGUGAAUUCGGGUAAAAUUGCUUUUAGCGUCUUUUCUUGGGUACUUUUCUAAAUAAAAACGUUGUUAGGAGGUAUAGAGUAUAGAUCUAGCGUUGACAGAUCCGUCAGAACUAUGUGUCCCUUGUCGAUAUGGGGUAUUUUGAAAUGUUACUAGAUUAUCAGCUGACGUAAUGGAUACUCAUGAAUAAGACUAGAAAAUAUAUGUAGAUUAUUUUGGCGGACUAUUUUCUUUGUCCUCUCCAAACUAUGAGUAUUACGUACUGUAAAAUAAGAUUUUCCAGUUUAGGUCAAUAGUAUUGAACCUGUUUCGAUUAUAUGAUUGUUUUGUAUAGUAAUAGAACAAGAUGGUAUACAUAUUGUCUGGGGUUUUUGAUUUGGACAAUAAAACAGGUUCAGUAAUAUUGACUAUAAUUGAGGAUACUAUUUUUGAUCUCCUUGUUACUUUAUUGUUUUUGUAUAUUUUGUUUUACACUUGUUCAAAAUAACUCUUUUUAUACUCUUG